AUGGUCGUCCCGUAUUACGGUUCGUCAGCCCCAUUGUUUGUGUGCUUCCGCAGCAGUCCUGAUACCAGUGUGGGCUUGAGCUUCGGUAGACCCUUCCAGAUGGGUCUCCCAGGGUCCUCCAUCCAGACGUCGACAUCCCUCCCUGACGGUACUACCGCUCUGAACAUCAAUGGACAAGUAGUCCAACGAAUGCCGUUGGACGUUAAGUCUGCAGGCUUGUUUUAUUGUGAGGGGUCUGAUGGGCAAAACACAACACGGGUGUACAGCCUUAUCCACAGCUAUGCCAGACUGUUUUUACCAUCUGAUGGACCAGGAACAAAGACAAUCAACAAAGGAGAAAGUGUGGUCCUGUCAGUAGCUACUGUAUCUUACAACGGUAACAGCGGAUCCUAUCAUCGGUGGGCUCGCAUCAGGAAUGGCGCCUCGUCAUACCUGAUGUCUUAUGAUGACCAGUCUUCGAUUACAAUAGCGCCUUCCGAGGCCCGCCACGGUGACCUGUAUGCUGUAAUAAAGCGUACCGUAUCACUAAGCGAUAACCAUUUUGGUAUGAUAAGGCUUAUCGUGAGAGAAUGUGUUGCUGGUAAAUGGAAUCCUCCUGCCUGUGACGGCGUGUGUGAUCUGUGCUACAACGGAGGAGUGUGUGAUGAUAAGACAGGAGAUUGCAUCUGCCCACCAGGAUUCAUGGGACCAAACUGUCUAACUAGUUGUCCAUCUAAUUCCUUCGGAUGGAAUUGCGAAUUUAGGUGCGGAUCUUCCUACCUUAUCAGCAAUUGCCAACAGGCUCGGUUUGGUUUACCAGACCCCUAUGGAAUUAGCUGUAUGACAGGACGCUCAGGAAGAUCCUGUUCCUCGUAUUGUGGCGCACUAAGGUUUGGUGCUGGGUGCACCCAGACAUGUCACUGUGCGCUAGAGUACCGAGGAUGCAGCACAUAUACUGGCAUGUGUAAUUACGGUGGCUGUGCCGCAGGUUGGACGGGAACUAAUUGCCAAGUUCCAGACGUAUGUCCUGUUGGUUAUUAUGGUCUUAACUGUGUGAGUAAGUGUCGAUGUAGCACCAAUGCAGCAUGCGACAGGCACACCGGAUACUGCAGUGUAGGGUGCGCCCCAGGAUUUACUUGUGUGUCAAUACAAUGUGCAUCUGGAUAUUUUAGUGACGACUGCAGCAGGUCAUGCCAUUGUCUGAAUGAUGCUGAGUGUGAUGGAUUGACUGGUUAUUGUGGUGGUUCCGACGGAGUGUGCGCCUCCGGCUUCCAGAAAGAUGAAAACAACUACUGCUUCAGGGCUCCUGUGUUAAGUCAGCCUCCUACUGUAACAGUGACAACAUCAACAGCUUCAGUUAGCUGGGAGGCAUGGGGUUCAAACUCCGCCGAUACCGGUGAUGGACCAGUUGCUGCAUACAGGGUCUACUACAAAUGGUCCAGUUCCUGGAUCCUUGCCAGUGUUGUGCCAGUGACAAACGCGCCUCAGGUGGCGUACAGCUUCACGAUUCAGUCACUGCAGCCAGGAAGGAUGUACUGGUUUAGCGUGGCUGCAGUCCGACCAGGCCAAGGGGGCGAAGGGCCCAAGAGUCCCUCGAUAUCCAGCCAGACGCUACCGCUGCCUCCUCCAUCAACCACUACCCAUCAAACGACCACCAGUGUGCCUUCGCCUACCGUAGACAGAUUAACGCCUACCUCAUCAACCCAUUCGGCAGAGGAUGAGCCGACAAACAAUGCGCAGCUUUCCCAGGUAGGAUACUACAAUGGUAUUAUUGUGGUCGUGUGUGUGCUUGUUGUGGUCAUUAUCAUCUUGGUUGCCUUGGACUACUGGAGAUUUCGAAAUUUGAACAGAAAUCUACACAUCAAGACUACCCACGCUGCACUAGAAAUGAGCCGGUAUGCCCAAGAACAACCACAAGCAUGUUACUUCAACUCCGCGUUCGACAAUAAGGAGUUCGGCGCCGAACACGUGUCUCUGAGUUCUCGCAACAGUUUGGCGUCUGCCUGCACCUACGAGCCAGUCGGUCUGCCGCCUUGGACGAAGCCAUGGGUCGUACCGUGGAGCAACCUCCGAAUCCGAAUUAAGGUGCUUGGCAACGGUCGAUUUGGGAAAGUGCGACUCUGUGAAGUAAACAGAGAUGCCACUACUUCAAAGGCUGCCCUCAAACAACUUGACUUAAAUGCAACUUCAGCUGAUGAGCGACAGCUCUUCAUGGACCAAUACCAAACAUUGGCACGUAUUCGGCGCCAUCCUAACGUCAUGAGCAUGUUAGCAGUUUGCCAGCAUGAAGAUGUUUUCUACGUGGCCUUGGAGUACCUUCCCAACGGGGACCUGUUGUCCCAUCUGAAAGGAAUCCAUUCCAAAAACCAGUCGUUACCGGUGGACAAAAUGGUGCAGUUCGCACUUGAUAUCGCCAAGGGGAUGGAACACGUUGCCGAUGCAGGGGUGAUUCAUCGCAAUCUGGCGGCAAAGAACAUUUUUCUUGGUGCCAAUCUGGUUGCCAAGGUUACUGGGUUCAGCCUAUCGCGUAAGAGAGAUGUGUACGUGGAGGUUUCUGAGAACAAACCCCGAUCUCCCCGUUGGAUGGCCCUUGAAUCUUUGACCAUCGACAGGUACACCACCAAGAGUGACGUGUGGUCCUUUGGGGUUCUCAUGUGGGAAAUGACAACACUUGGAAAAACUCCGUAUGCGGGUUUCAGAACUGACAACAUUGUACCCAGAUUGAAAGGUGGAUAUCGUUUGCCGAGACCAAGCAACUGUGAAAAAGAAAUCUAUGAAGUGAUGCUACAAUGCUGGCAGGAGGAUCCCAAGACACGGCCUACCUUCAAGCAACUCGUGAAAGUGAUGGCAGACAGGCACACUGACAGCCCGUACAUGGAUAUGACGACCUCAGACGCUUGAAAUGGAUUGCAUGAAAGCUUCGGUAACCUUAGUGUAAUUAUUACAAUUCUGAAUGUAGCUGCAAAACUGACGCACAUCGUUAGUGAUCUAGAAAACACAAAGGUUGGCAUAUCUCUUGUGUGGUUGUGAAUAGUGUUGUACUUGUAGGCAACAUAUACAAUUGAGGAGCAGAGUGUUCAGUGUAGCAUGGUUGUAUCUGUAUCAUUCAGAAUAUAAUUGUGAUUUAUGAAUUCGUUAAAACCCUUCAAUGAACCUUAGGUCUUCAAAUAUAUCCCUGUUGGUAGUGCCUGAACUGAAUAAAACACUGGGACCGUUCCUUUUCUCAUUCUAAAACCUAUGCUAUGGAACAAACUUCGUCAAAAUAUCUGUGAUAUUUGUCCUUCCCAAGACAUUUAUUGUGCUCUGAAGACCCACCGUUUCAAGUAACAUGUAGCUCUUUCAUUUGAUUCAUAUGUUGAUGCAUUGCUGUAUCUCCUUCGUGUAAUUUUUAUUUGUGUGUAUCUUAUUGUUCUGUUUGGUUUUAUUGUGUAAGUUAAAUGUCCCCCACCCCCAACCCUUAUGGUCCCUACGCUGUGUUGGGCGACAAGACGAUGCGCACUAAGUGUUUUGCCGUCUGGAAUUUUAUUGUACCAUGAUCACCGAUAUUCUAUAAAGAAGAGCUAAAGUACUUGGGUUAUGUGAGACACAUAUACCCAGAGACAAAGACAUGAUCUCCAAGAGUGUAGACAAGAAGUAGUAUUAUUAUUUUGGAACUAAUGCAAACAUUUAUAAUAUGUUUUUGCACAGAUUUAUUAAACGCUGUAGCCUAAACGGUAAUCGUAAAUAAUCGUAAUUAUUUGCGUUUACAAAAAGUAAAGCCUAUUUUAGUUCUAUGAUUACAGCAUGUUUUCACUUGAUAAACUUAAAAUUCAUGAUUUCUAUUAUUUUGGAAGUACGGCAAUAUGAAUGACAUUAUUGUUUCAGUAACAUGUUUCAGUAGAUUCAUGAUUGCCAAUACCACCUCAAUGGCGAUUGUGCAUGGUUCAGUCGUACAGAAAUAAGUAUCAUUGGAAGUAUUUGCAAAAAACAAAUUCCGGAAUUUCCAGACCAACAAAUUGUGCACGUACUCGUUCUCAUGGGUGUCAGCAAACUCUACAUUGUAAUGCGCUGCCGGUAUGAUGAAUUUGAACAUCCAAGGCACUAAAACUAACCAUGUCAAAUCAUUGCAUCUUUUACUAAUGCAUU